AGCCACCGUCUACUGCUGUCUCUUGUCUUACAGAAGGUGGGCGUGUGUGCAACAUGACGUCUCCGGAGAUCGCCUCUCUGUCCUGGGGCCACAUGACCGUGAAGGGGUGCUCCUCCAGCUACAAGGACUGUAAGGUCUGGCCUGGAGGCAGCCGGGCCUGGGACUGGAGAGAGACCGGGACCAACCAUACCCCGGGAGUUCAGCCUGCAGACCUGGACGAGGUGCUGAAGAAGGGAAUCGACUUGCUGGUCAUCGGCAGAGGGAUGAGCGAAGCUCUGCAGGUCCCGUCCUCCACUCUGGACUUUGUGAUGCAGAAAGGUGUUGACGUCAGAGUCUUGCAGACGGAGAAGGCCGUCGCUGAAUACAACAAACUGGCCGGCCAGGGCGCCAAGGUGGGGGGGGUCUUCCACUCCACCUGUUGAUUAUGUAACGUUCGCACAGACGGAGAUGACACACACACACAGGAUGUAAUGUAGAGCUGCUAUCUGGAACUGGACCUGGGCUUAGAGACAGUCGGGAUUGGUUUUAAGGAAUAAAAACAACCCACAGCAUUUUAACCCACUGCAGACAUGUUAACUCGUGCAUCCAGAUGCUCUGGCAAUGCGAGACUAGAGUAAGAUUAAAUCGUCCUAAUGUCCAGUUUAUUGUUGUACAAUUUCAAAUGUUACUUUAGAUAAAAUUGGAAAACAUUUCAUUUUAGUGGGCACUUUUGGGAAAUUUCGCUGAUACUGCCGUGC